UGAGGAUGUGUCCAUGCAGCGCUACCUCACGGCUUUCCCAGUCAUCUGUUCACACUUCAGUCAGUGUCGCCAUCCGCUCUGUCCAGAGGAGACUGAGGAAAUAGAGAAUCAAAGCUUGAAGCUGUGUGUGAGCUUUCUGGAGGAGAUUUCCCGACAGACGUGUACGGUUGUGCUGGAGAUAUGUGCUGAACAGUGUAACCUAGAUGAGAAGUUACUGCCCAAACACAGUGCCGAGACCAUCAGUACAGCACGCAACAAAAAACUGAAGAAGUCAUUACCAAAGAAGGGAGAUGUGCCUAAAGUGAAACCAGGGGCAGAAAGCCUCAGGAAGGACAGAGCCAUCGUCACAAAUCUGGAUAAGAUGCACCAGGCGCUGACAGAACUGUGCACUUCCUACAGUAUCUGCACUGAUUUCACCGUGUUCAGACACAUCAUUGUACCUGCUGAGUUCCUGCUCUCACAGCUGGAGAUAAGACUCAACAAGUAUUGCUAAUAUUUAAAGUAUUUACUAAGAAACUGAACUGUUUAGAUCACAACACAAAAUGAGUUUGUUGAAAAUCCUCUCAGUUCCAUGCUGUGUCUUAAAGGAAUAUCCCAGGUUCCCUCCUUUUCUUAAAAAAAAAGCAAAAUUUGAGGUUACUAUGAAGCACUUAAAUGUGUAUUGUUUAAGCUGUAAAGCUCAUUUUAGGGUUUUAGGUGUUAAGUCAU